AUGCCACCAAAGAAAAAAGCGAGAAAAAGUACAAUACGUUCUGGCCAAGAUGCUGAAAAUGAGCUUGACUCUUCUCCAAACCCAAGCGUCAAAAGGAAGACUUCGUCUUCCAGCAAGACUUCGGUGGAGGCAAAUACUGAGCAGUAUUGUCGCUGGCUCAUGAAAUCUGAGCCGGAAAGCCGUUUUGAGAAUGGCAUUGAUGUCAAGUUUGGGAUUGAGGAUCUCAAGGCUUUGCCAGAUCAGACUAGCUGCUGGGAUGGUGUCCGUAACUAUCAGGCACGAAACUUUAUGCGUCAGAUGAAAAAGGGCCAGCUGGCUUUUUUCUACCACAGCAAUUGCAAGGAACCUGGAAUAGUAGGACUCAUAAAAAUAGUGAAGGAAGCAUAUGUGGACCACACUCAAUUUGACAAGAAAGAUGUUCAUUUUGAUGCCAGCAGCAAGCCAGAAAACCCCAAAUGGAGCAUGGUGGACGUGCAAUACCAAAGAAUGUUGAAGCGUUUUCUUCCUCUCACCGAACUCAAAAAGUACCACCUGCAGCACAGCACCAAAGGGGGCCCUCUGAAGAACUCCAUGUUGUUCACUCGGGCCAGGCUGUCCGUGCAGGCGCUCACAAGUGAAGAAUUUGACUUUCUUCUGAGCUUGGAGGAACAAGAACCACUGUGA